GAGAGUCUGAAACACUCAAACUAAGCUUGAUCUCUUAAUGUGUUCACUGUUGCCUGUAAAGGACUGGAGAAAUCAAUUUCAAUUUAUACGAGAAUGAAGAGUUUGUUUAUCAUUAUUCUAGUUUCGACUUCACUAGCAGGAGGACUCAAUCCAGAAAACCACGUUCAAGCAUCUUAAAACCACGGAAAACGGUGUUACCAUUAUGAGAAUGGGUGUGUUGGCAGGUGAAGGACCACACAUCCGUUUGUCGAAGAUCGAGUAUCCAUUUGACGUGAAAAUCAAUGAGAUAGUGCUUUCCGCUUGGAAUAACACGGCAAGUGAGAUGCGAAGCUACGUACCGAAAACCGGUGGAGGCAUUGGAGAAUAUCAACUGUUGAAACGUAUAAACAGUCCCGGGUUGCUGUCACAGUUCUAUCCGAUGAUGUUUACAAUUGAAAUCGAUCAGAAGGGUAACGUUAAACUGAUUAAGGACGGCGAACACGUCCCGCUGGUGGAGUUCCUAGAUCCAAAUAUAUCAUUUGAAUAUAUGACAUUCUGCAAUUACAUGGUGCCGGCGACAUUCUUUUUCGAUUGUCCGCUGGAGAUCGACCGGCGGGAUUGUAGUGGUGUUGUAUUCAGUUAAUAGUGAUAAAUAAUAUAAACAAAUUUCCUCUAUUUCACACGUAGAUCUAAUACAAGCUAAAUAGAACUGAAGUUAGAAAAGUAAAACAAGUAUCAUUUUGAAAAUUUGAGUCAAGUUUUAAUCCACUACUGGUUGGUGUAAAUAAAAAAUAGUUUUCGGCUGUGAAGAAAUUGGAAACAUAGAGCUGAUGAUAG